AUGGCAGACCUAACUGAGGAAGUGGAGGAGGAGGGGGAGGAGGAAGAAGAAGAAGAAGAAGAGCUGGCGAUACACAGUGUCAAUUUGGAGGAAGAGGCGUCGAGCUCAAAGCAGAGGAAGAGAAAGAAUUCUGAGCCGUCGUCAGACGGCUUGCACCGUAAAAAGCUGUUCAAGCUCAUGAGGGAGGUAAGCUCCACCCUUGAGCAGAUUCAGGAAGUGAGGGAGCAAGAGAAGAAGUCGACAAUACUAAUCUUCUACCACCACCCUCAGAAUGAAAAGAACAAUGAAAAUCACCUGAUGGCAGAUGAAGAAAUCCCGGAGGAUUCUUCCAGCACUUCUCCCAACAAUUCUCCACAGUAA